UCAGCUUGAAGCGAUAUUGUUUGUUGGUGAUUAGUGCUAAAAGGUGUGCAAAAUUUAUUACGAGCUACCCACAUUCAGACGGAGUCAACAGGCGGAUCCCUUUUCCUACGAUGUUUGCAUGGAGUGGCAGUCGGACCAGCCAUGGUAUCGAUUAUGAGAGAGAUCUUGCUCUCACGCUGUUCGUUGCUGCAUCUUUAGAGGAACGCAGAUUCCGCCUGGCAACGGAAAUGAACGUGGCCGGUAAGUUUGAUGAUGCCGUGCUAAUUUUGGACGAUCGCAAGGACGCAUGGUUUUUUCAAGCCAAACACAGUCAAACAUCGGCUGCUACAAUCGAAUACAAGGAGUUUUUUCCUUCAAGUUUUGAUGAGACCACCCAAUUUUCUCUACCAAUGUACAUUCAAUCGUUCCUAAAUGUUUCACAACGAAGUGAGUUCGAAAAUUACCAGAAAAGAUUUAUAAUCUUCAGCAAUAAGUCAAUCGGUGAAAAUGCUAGAGAAACGCUAGGAGAGCUCAUGGACAUUGAAAGCUGUGCUCUGGAGGACCCGCUGGAAAAGAAAGUGUUCAUCAGAAGUAGUGAAAAAUUUGUACCAAAAGCAGAGCAGAUCCAGGAGUUAUUGAAUAAGAUAAACGAAUUACCUAUUGCCAUUAAGGAUGCCAUAAUAGAGCUUCAAAAGUCAGGAACAGUGAAAGGCAUCUUGAAAAAGUACACCACACCAUUACGAUCGCUACUGGAAAUAGACGUCUGCGUGCGCUUUUCAGACACAUUCACAGGAAAUGAGGAUGAUCUCAACCAGCAAUGGUUAUGGAACGAGCUUCAAACGCAUUUCAUCACCCAAAUCGGAACAGCUAAACGCCUGUCAGAGGUGGUUUUUCAUAAAAAGAUUGAGAAACGCCUAUUGCAGAAUAAAUCUGCAGAAAAAAGUUUUCCUCGAUUCGUCCAUGAAUCCGAUUUGAGAAGAUUUUUUGAUUGUUUUGUAAUGUGUACUGACCAGCCUGAUAAACUUUCCCCGUUGAGAGAUAGCAUUACAGAAUCAAUUGUAAGAAAGUGGGUGCAUGAGAAGGAUCGUGGUUUGUUUAGUGAUAGAACCAAAUUUCAUGCAAUUUUUGAAAAUGGAUUUGAAAAAUGGCACAUGGUUACAAAUUUGGUUGGAAAUCAGAAACCUUUUUUGAGCAGCAACGAAGGAAACGAGUGUUUUCGUAUGAUUAAAGCAGAAGUGCGCAGAAGCUUACAGAAGAUUACAGAAGCAGAUUUCAGUAAUUAUGUGGAACGUAAGCUAGUUUUACAAAAUAGACAGGAAGAAUUCACAGAAGAUGGAUUAAUUUCAAUGCUGGAGCAAUCGUCCAGUCAGAAUGAUAAUCUUAUACUGGUAGGCGAACCAGGUAUGGGAAAAACAACCUUCAUGAAAAAAAUCACAUAUUUACUACAAAGCGAUCAUAACAAACACGUGUAUCUGAUUUGUUUGGGUAGCCUGUUCAAAAAUUACGAGGAAGGAGACGAUAUAUUUACACUUAUGAAAUCCGCACUAUCAAAUUCGAUCGAAACGUUGCUUCGAAAGAGUUUGGAAUAUUGUGCACAGCAAUCUUUCAUUCUACUCGAUGGUUUCGAUGAGAUUGAUGCUUCGCAGCAGGACACGGCUAUAAGGCUCAUCAAAAAAACCUUCUACAAAGAUAAUAUUCGCAUUUUCAUAAGUGGUAGAAAUCACGUGAAAGAAACACUCGAGAGAGAAUUUCAGAUCAUCGCGUCACAUCUCGUUCCAUUGGUUGAGGAUGAGCAAUUGCUGUUUUUGGGAAAAUGCUGGGACAUCAGUUCCGAAAUCGAUGAGGAAGAUUUUGAUCGGUUUCAAAGAUUUGCGAAACAUUUGCUCCAAAUUUUGCAUGACAGUAUUCGAUCCGACUACUUCUGCUUCACUGGCCUUCCUCUGGUGGUUCGAAUGCUCGCAGAAGUCUACAAGAAAAAAUUUGAGAAAUACUGGGAAUCGACAAAUGCAAAUAUAAGCGAAAUUUUAUAUUCGGAAAACAGAUUCAGUUUGUUACGUUUGUAUGAAGAUUUCGUCAAAAUAUCGUUCAACAUUUUCUUAAGGAAAAUUUUGAAUGGCGAAGGUUACGUAAUAGUUGAUUUGAAAAUAAAAAACUUUUUUAAAGACAAUUUGAAUAAAUUUUAUCUCGUGCAUCAGCUUAUUGCUAUUAAACAGUUAAACAUUCUCGAAUUACAAAGAAUAAUAAGCAGAAUCGAUUCUGUAACAAUUUUGGAAAACAUGCCACAUAUUCUUGAGAACGGAGAAAAGUCGUUAUUAAUAAAUGUUUCGAACAAGAACCAAUUGGAAUUUACCCACUUGUCGUAUGCAGAAUACUUCAUUUCAAUUUUUUUGUAUGAACAUGUGAUAGAAUGCGAAGAAACUCUGCUCUAUGUUUUGCUAAGACAUAUAGUAGUUCUACCUUUUUUCUUUUCGAUGAUCGAGGAAAAUUGGGACAAUAGUUCGCUACAAAUAAACACAAUUUCCCAAAUCUGUUAUGAUGAUCCUGUAUUAAUGUACUUUGCAUGUUGUGGGGGUUUUGAAAAAAUGUUUAGGGAGUUACUGAUCCACCAUAAAGCUAAAGUAAUAUUCAGGUCAAUGCAAGAUGGCACACUUGUCCAUGCUGCAGUUCAGUCAAGGAAGGAAAACAUGUUGAAGCAUGUUCUCUGUACACUCCAAUUUGGUAACUGUAAACACCAUGAAGCGAAUAAUAACACAACGAAAACAGAUACAAAUGAAAUUGAUAUUAAUACUCCAGAUGGACAUGGAAUUUUACCUUUGCAUUACGCUGUAUCUGACGGGAAUAAACCAUUUGUUAAAAUGCUUGCACAACACGGUGCUGACAAAAAUAUCAAUGGUCAAGACAAUAGGGGAAAAACUCCCCUACAUUAUGCAGCCGAAAAUGGUGAUUGGGAAAUGAUCAAGAUGUUAACAACUGAUUUUGCAGCAAAUCCACAUAUUCGUGAUCAUGAAGGGCAAACGAUUCUAUGUAUUGCAGCCGCAAAACGUGACCUGAAGAUUGUACAAAUGAUUAUUGAUGAACUUUCAUGUGAUGUCAAUGCGAAUGAUUCAUUCCGAUGUCCUCCAUUGCUUCUUGCUGUCAAGUUUAGUACAUGGGAAAUGGUUAAAAUGCUAAUUGACAAAUACAAUGCAAACUACAAAAUUGCUAAUGAAGGUGGGCAAGCUCCCAUCCAUUUGGCGGCCAGAGCAGGUAAUGUGGAAAUUGUAAAGAUGCUUUUAGAUAACUACGAAGCUGAUGUCAAUGCGCAAGACUACGAUGGAAACACUCCCCUCCAUCUUGCAACCGAUUAUGGUAAGAGGGAUUUGGUUAAGAUGGUCAUUGAUCAAUAUUCCGUGGACUGCAAAAUUGCCAACAAAGAGGGACAAACUCUCAUUCAUGGUGCGGCUAGAGAUGGUAAUAUGGAACUUGUAAAGAUGCUUAUAGAUGACCAUAAAGCUGAUGUUAAUGCGCAAGAUAACUUUGGAAAUACUCCUCUUCAAAUUGCUGCUGAUUUCAGAAGGUGGGAAGUAGUCAAAUUGUUGAUUGACACAUAUUCUGUGGACCACAAAAUAAGACGGAAGAAAGACGGAAGUACUCUCAUCCAUUUAGCUGCCGUGGAUGGUAAUAUGGAAAUUGUAAAGAUGCUCAUAGAUAAUUAUGCGGCUGAUGUCAAUGCGCAAAACUACAAUGGAUAUACUCCACUCAACCUUGCCGCCGAUUAUAGUAAGUGGGAAAUUGUCAAGAUGUUAAUUGUCAAUGAUUCUGUGGACUACAAAACGGCCGAAGAUUUUGGAAUAACUCCUAUCCAUUUUGCGGCCAGAGAUGGUAUGAUGGAAAUUGUAAGAAUGUUUCUUAAAGACUAUGAAGCUGAUGUCAAUGUCCAAGACAAUAAUGGCAAUACACCUCUUUAUUAUGCUGCUGACUACAGUAAGUGGGAAAUGGUCAAAAUGUUAAUUGACAAAUACAAUGCAAACUACAAUAUUGUUAAUAAGAAAGGACAAACUAUCAUUCAUUUGACGGCUAAAAAAGGAGAUAUGGAAGCUGUAAAGAUGCUUUUAGAUGGCUAUGCAUUCGAUCUAAAAGCGCAAAACAACGAAGGAAAUUCUCCUCUCCAUCUAGCUGCUAUGUACAAAAGGUGGGAAAUGGUCAAGAUGCUAAUUGACGAAUAUUCUGUAGACUAUAAAAUGCCCAAUAAAGACGGAAAAACUCUCAUACAUUUUGCUACUGCAGAUGAUGAUAUAAAAAUUGUACAGAUGCUAAUAGACGACUAUGAAGUUGAUGUCAAUGCGCAAGACAACAAUGGAAACACUCCCCUCCUUCUAGCUGCCAGUUAUGCUAAGUGGGAAAUGUUUGAGAUGCUUAUUGCCAAAUAUGCUGUGGACUGCAAAAUUCCCUUAGAAGACGCAAACACUCUAAUCCAUUUUGCGGCCAGUAGAGGUAAUAUAAAAAUUGUGGAGAUGCUUAUAGAUGAUUACGCAGCCGAUGCCAAUGCCCAAGACAACAAUGGAAACACUCCUCUUCUUCUAUCUGCCGAUCAUAAUAAAUGGGAAAUAGUCAAGAUGUUAAUUGACAAACAUUCUGUGGAUUACAAAACUGCCAAAAAAGACGGAACAACUCUCAUACAUUUUGCGGCCCGACAAGGUAUGAUCGAAAUAGUACAGAUGCUUGUAGAUAACUAUGAAGCUGAUGUCAAUUCACAAGACAACAAUGGAAAUACACCUCUUAAUCUUGCUGCCGCGUAUAACAGGUGGGAAACGGUCAAGAUUCUAUUCGGCAAAUAUUCUGCGGACUACACAAUUGCUAAUAAACAUGGAAAAAAUCUCAUCCAUUUUGUAGCCAGAGAUGGUAAGAUGGAAAUAGUAAAGAUGCUUGUAAAUGAUUACGGGGCUGAUGUCAAUGCGCAAGACACCAAUGGAGAUACUCUUCUUCAUCUUGCUGCUAAGUACAGCAAGUGGGAAAUGGUCAAUAUGUUGAUAGACAAAUAUUCUGCGGACUACAAAAUUGUCAAUAAAAUCGGAAAAACUCUCAUUCAUUUUGCAGCCAGCGGAGGUGAUAUAAAAAUUGCAAAGAUGCUCAUAGAUGACUAUGAGGCUGAUGUGAAUGCGCAAGACAACGAUGGAAACACUCCUCUUCAUCUUGCUGUUGAGCACAGUAAGAUGGAAAUGAUCAAAAUGUUGAUAAACAAGUAUUCUGUGGACUCCAAAAUUGCCAAUAAAGACGGACAGACGCCCAUUCAUUUUGCAGCCAUAAAUGGUUCUACGGAAAUUGUUGAGUUGCUUUUACAUGAUUUUGUGGCUGAUGCCAAUGCGCAAGACAACAACGGAAAUACUCCUCUUCUUAUUGCUGCCAAUCAUACUAGGUGGGAAACGGUCAGGGUGUUAAUUCAAAAAUAUUCUGUGGAUUACAAAAUUGCUAACAAUGACGGACUUACUCUCAUCCAUUUUGCGGCCAGUAGAGGAAAUAUAAAAAUUGUAAAGAUGCUUAUAGAUGACUAUGAGGCUGAUGUAAAUGUGCAAGACAACAAUGGAAACACUCCCCUGCUUCUAGCUGCCGACUGUAGCAAAUGGGAAAUGGUCCAGAUGUUAAUUAACAAAGAUUCCGUGGACUUCAAUGUUGCUAAUAAAGACGGAACGACUUUCAUCCACUGUGCGGCCAGACAUGGUAUGAUGGAAAUAGUAAAGAUGCUUGAACACAGAAAAAAUAUCUGAAAAUUACACCCGAUGUAAACAAAAUCAUCAUAUAAAUUUGACUUUUAUUUCCCUAAAUUCAAUUCACAUCGUACUCUUCUGCUGUGCUGACGUAAGCUCUGCUGCAUGAAGUUGGAAUACCUUAAGCAAUAAAAUCAUAAAUUCAAGAAACCAGAAGCAAAAAGCUCACAGAAUGUAUAAGAAGAAUAACACUGAUGAAAAUUUACAGGAGUAUUUGGAAAUGCGUGAUCAAUUAUUUAAAUUAGGCAAUCAGCAUAAUACUUGAAGAGUAUAAUGCAAAAACAGUGAUCUUGUCCAAAUAAUUUCUUCAAUUAUUUUAAGACUACAUCAAAAUCAAGUAAUUUCCCCUCAGAAAUGAUAUUAGAUGGAAAAACUGCUGAAAACUCCCAGAAGAUUUGCUAUCUUUUCGCUAUUUUUUUUUUUCAAGAUAUCUACACGACUUUCUCCGAGAAGGAUCGUGAUCUAGAAUAGUUUUCGUUCAUGCCCUGCAUUUUCAAGAGAUGUUCAUGCAAGUCAUAUUAAUGUGGAGGCUGUUCUAACAGGUUUAGAAAGUUCGGAUGCUUUAAAAAGGAUCAGGACCGGAUGGAAUUUCCCCAGAUUUUAUUAGAAAAAAACUUGCAAUUGAGUUGACAUCUCC